AUGGACCAGUUGGACAUUCUGAGCCGUCGCCUACAAGAAAGCGUACAACUACGCACGCACAAGUACUUCCGUGUGGCAGUACCGCAGGCACUCACUGGCCAGUCCCUCGUCGCGCUCGUCGGCGAGAAGGGCUGUGCCGAGGACGAGGCCGAGGCCGUGCACCUGGCUACGUUGCUGCUCCAGCACGGCUACCUGUUCCCGGUGAUCGAGCCGGCGCUGACCGUCCGUGACGACGGCACCCUCUACCGACUGCAACGACCGUACUUCUGGCCAUCGCACGCCACGCAGACCGACAAUGUGGAGUACGCCAUCUACCUCAAUAAGCGCUUACUCAGAAAUGAACAAAAACACGGGCUAGAGGAGGAUGAGGCCGAGUCGUAUAACAGAUUCGCCGAAUUAUUAGGGCAUAUGUGGGGAUUCAUUACACAGCAAGCUGAAAUGCAAUUAAAGCAGCAAAAAGAGAAGAAGAAGGCCGACAAGGUGGUCUACGAUUCGGAGGAGCGGGCGUUUUGGCGGUUGCGGAGACCAUGUCAUCCCGAUUUCUUGGAGCAACACGUUCAAAAGGUUGAUCGAAGACUACGCAAAGCGACUGCACAAAGCUAUCGUAAUCUGGUCGAACGUCUUAAGUUCUCUUUGAAAACGAAGCCAUGGUUGAAGGCUUUGAAGGCGUCUGAUACGAUGGUGCAAUGGGUAGAUCAACGGGUAGAUUACGAUCCAUACCUCACAGCACCGCAGCCAUCGAAUCCAUGGAUCACCGACGACACCAAUCUGUGGGCGCUCAACACCGACACUGUUGAAGUCCCUACCGAAAGACGAGUGAAACGAUGGGGAUUAUCGGUACAGGAAUUAGUGAAGGAUCCAAUAGGACGUCAAGUGCUGGAGACGUUCCUUGAGUCCGAAUUUUCUUCGGAGAAUAUUCGAUUUUGGAUUGCCAUUCAAGAUCUAAAAUACUCGCCGAACGAGCAAAUCGACCACAAAACUGAGCGUAUUUAUGAAGAAUUCCUAGCACCCGGAGCACCUGCACAGGUAAAUGUCGAUUCACGGACAUUGGAUCAGACGUUAGAAUGUCUACAGAAGGCAACGACAGCAUCGGCCCGACGUCAUGCGUUCACUCAUUCGGAGGAGCAUGUUUUUACGCUAAUGGCUAAAGAUUCCUACCCAAGAUUUGUGCGCUCUCAGAUCUACAAGGGAGUUUUGUCAGCCGCUCAACAACAAGGAUCAAGGCGGUUGGGUUGGCGAAACUUCAUCUUCAAUAUGGGGGCGGCAAAGAAGCCGCAAUGCAAGCCGGUUAAACGCGACGAAUUACACUCGGCUAACUUACCCAAGCAGCUCAGCUCUGAUUCAUUACCGAUACGAACGGGUCAUGCUAGCAGGCGAGUAUUUUGA